CCCCCCCCCCCCCCCCCAAGUGCACUAAUGCAUGCGCACUUUAUUUUCUGUGCUCCUCGAUAUCACCACUUUGCCAGCACUCACUUUUCUCCUGCUGAAUAAACUGAUUCCUGAGUCAAGAACUCCUGCUGUCAAAAUGGCAGAGUCACAGAUUGAACCCCCAUGCAAACUGCAUCGUCUGUUCAGAGUUUACGAUCCUGAGGUUGUAGCGGUUAUGACAAUAUUACUUGGACUGUUCCAAGUGCUUCUGGGAUUUCCGGCUUACUACAUGAGCAUCAACAUAAAACUACUACAUGUGUGCCCAGUUUUCGUUGGAGCAGUAUACGUGGCUGGAGGAUCAUUUGCAAUGGCAUGCAUAAGAAUUCCUAGCAGGAAGCUGGUGAAAAGCUGCCUGUAUGCCAGUGUCUUUGGGCUGUUGGUGGGAUUGAGUGCCAUUUUUGUUUAUGCCUACGCAAUUUAUGACAUGAAGUCUGUUAUAUUCUGCGAACCAGAAGAGUUUUCACAUGAUUGUACACCAUAUGGAGUAUUUGAAUAUUUCAACGCAUUCUCAGCACUGCUUUUGAUUUAUGACAUGGGAGCGCUCAUUCUUCAAGGCCUCCUUUUAUUUUCAGCUAGGAAAGGUUUGAAAACAAACUGAAAAACAAACAAAAAAACACCCCACAAGUCUAUAAUAAACCAAUAUAACAACAUUGUGUGAGUGUAUAAUAUAUAUAUAUAUAUAUAUAUAUAUAUAUAUAUAUAUAUAUAUAUAUAUAUAUAUAUAUAUAUACACACACACACACACAUAUAUAUAUAUAUAUACACAUACACUCAUAUACUCAUAUAUACACAUACUAACUGAGAAACUGUAAAAUGUGAUGUAUUACAAUUUCUGUAGCUCAGAAAUUGUACUUUUUUAUAUACUUUUUAAUUUCAUCCUUUUUUUAAAUAAAAAUAAAGUUUUGAAAAGUAAGCAUGCAUGUGUGCAUGCAAAAAAGCAUUUUGUGUUAACCCUUUCACACAGUACACUGGUGCUUAUUUCCACCGCUGUAUUGGAAAUGAACUUUUGUCAUUUUCAAUUAGUUUUUAUUCAAGUGACAAUUAUUUUAUCGCAACAACUCUGUUAUGAGAUUGUUCAGGACCCUGUUGGGUUUCUGUAUGUAAAGUACAACCAAUAGCAUUGGUAUACAAGGACACAACAACUAAAUCCUUUUUGAUAGUAAAACACUGUAUACCACUGCCACAAUAAAAAUAUAAUAAUAAAACGUCUAGGCAAUGUCUAAAAGAAACACAGAAACUGCAAAUUCUUAAAGCCCUGAGUGUCUACUUUCAUACAUGCCAUUAACCACUACUGUGUAGUGUGACAGCACAAACAAAUUCAGUGCUGAACAUGCAUGGGCACCUCCAAAACGCACAGAAAUUCUAUUUUCUGUCCUCUGGUACAUAUGAAAGUGUUAGCUGCCACUUUGUAGACAUACUUUACACAAAGACUUCAUUGGGAUUAUAUUACAACCCCAAUUCCAAAAAAGUUGGGACAGUAUGGAAAAUGCAAAAAAAAGAAACCCAAUAGAGUUUUUUGAAAAUUCACUGCACCCGAUACUGUAUUGAAGACACAUUAUUUGAUAUUUUAUUUUGUGAAUUUAAUUUAUAUUUGAAAAUAUACACUCAUUUCAAAUUUGCUGACUGCAACACACCAAAGAAGUUGGGACAGUUGACUGUUUAACACUGUAACAUCACCUUGUCUUUUAACACUUAUUGAUCUUUUAGGCACUGAAGACACCAGUUGGUUAAGUUUAGCAAAUGGAAUUUCCCCCAUUCAUCCAUUAUGCAUUUCUUCAGCUGUGCAACUGUACAGGGCCUACAUUGCCUUAUUUUGUGCUUCAUAAUGCACCCCACAUUCUCAAUCGGAGACAGGUCAGGACUCUAGGCAGGCCAUGCUAGCACCCGCACUCUCUGCUUACACAACCAUGUGCUUGUAAUCCGGGCAGAAUGUGGUUUGCCGUUGUCCUUCUCUGAAUGGCAGCAUAUGUUGCUCAAAAAUGUGUACAUAUGUAACGGGUAUGGAAAACAUUCCAGAAAUUUAACGUGUAGAAUUACACAAAAAGGAGAUGUGUACCUGGUGUGACUGUUUGUGUGAGUGCUUUCCCUUUUGGUUGUCUUGAGGUCAUUGGUUUGUGUAAUUUCCUGUUUUGGCUCCCCCUCUUCCCUUUCUGCGUCACGGCACCAAGUGUAACUGGUUGUAGUCUGCGUUGUGUGUUUUAUUUAAUCCAGGAAAAAAUGUAGUCGGACAGCAACUGGGUCGACUCUUUGUUUAUUCUCUCCCAUUCAACCAUCAUGCGAAAGGGCACAUGUUGAAACAAACAAAAAAAACUCAAAAGAAGGGUAAAACAACAAAAAUAAUCACACAGAAAUAAAAUAACACUAUACACACAAACUAAAAUGGGUAUACAAUUGUACAAAAUUAUGAUUUAAAUAAAGAUUAAACAAAAUUACCACGAACUGAAAACCAAACCUACCUCUCCCAUUCAACCAUAACGCAAAAGGGAAGUGGAGGAGCCAAAACAGGAAAUUACACAAACCAAUGACAUCAUGGCAGUUAAAAGGAAAAAUACUCAAACAGCCAAUUCAGGUACACAUGCUUUUUGUGUAAUUCUACACAUUAAAUUUAUGGAAUGUUUUCCAUACCCGUUACACAUAUCUUUCUGCAUUAAUGGUGCCCUUACAGAUACAAGUUACUCAUGCCAUGGGCACUGACAGACCUCCAUACCAUGACAGACACUGGAUUUUGGACUUGACACUGAUAACAGCUUGAAUGGUCCUUUUCCUCCUUGGCCUGGAGAACAGCCAUCGGCUGUUUUGUCCAAAAACUAUGAAAUGUUGACUCGUCGGACCAAAAAACACGAUUCCACUGUGCUACUGUCCAUCUCAGAUGAGACCGAGCCCAGAAAAGUCAGCAGCGCUUCUGGACAGUGUUGAUAGUGACUGGCAGGGCUUUGCAUAGUAAAGCACUAACUUGCAUCUGUGGAUGCAGUGGCGAACGGUGUUGUCUGACAAAGGUUUACCAAAGUAUUCCCGAGCCCAUGUCAGGAAAUCCAUUACAGACUCAUGACGGUUUUUAAGACGAUGUCUGAGGGACUGGAGAUCACACACAUUCAGAAGUGGUUUUCCACCUUGGCCUUACGCACCGAGAUUUGAUUGAAUUCCUUGAAUCUUUUAAUUAUAUUGUGCAAUGUAGAAGGUGAAAUGCCCAAAAUCCUAUCGAUUUGUCUUUGGGGAAUGUUGUUCUUAAAGUGUUGGAUUAUUUGCUGCUACACCUAUUAGCAAAUUGGUGAGCCUCAACCCAUCCUUACUCUUGAAGGACUAGGCCCUUUUUGGCGGCUGCUUAUAUACUAUGAUUAAACGAUUGCCUCACCUGUUUCAUAUCACGUUAUUUCAACUUGUCACAUCCAAAUUAGUCUUAAAUUGCACCUAUUCCAACUUUUUGGGAAUGUGUUGCACGCAUCAAUUUCAAAACAAACGCUUAUCUUCAAAGAAAAAAACAACAACUAUGCAGUUGAUUAGUUAAAACAUGAAAUACCUUGUCUUUAUAUAUAUAUGUUUUUGUUUAAAUACAAGUCAAAGUACAUUUGCAAAUCACUCCUCUUCAUUUUUUAUCAGCAUUUUACAUACUGUCCCAACUUUUUCGGAAUUGGGGUUGUACUUUCACACUUGAUUUAUUUUAAAAAGAGUUAUAGGGAUAUUUAUUUUAAUAUUUAUAUAAAUACAUACCACUAGAUAUAUGUAUAAUGUAUUUUAAGCAAGGUGGUUGACAUUUUGUAUCGGUACUGUAAAUAUUCACAAUAUUAUACAUUGUAUUCAGGUUUUAUGAGUGCUAAAAAAAGAAAUCGUCAAAUAUAUAUAUUUUUUACUGUCAUGUAAUAUCAUAUCAUAUCAUAUCAUAUAAUAACUGAGACAAUACAGAAGCUCUGCACAGUGCCUACAUAAAGUGCAAGAUAAGAGGCAGUACAGGCAGAACAUCAGAAGAAGAAUAAAGAUAGAUACUAGAGGCACAUUGUAAAAUGGUAAAUUAUAAAUUGAAUUGAUAGCAUGUCUCCUCUUAGUCUGUAGUAGUAAAAUGCCAAAACCCAAUAGAAAGAUUAUUUAACAGUUUUGUCCAAUCACAAUCGCUGCAUUAUCUGAUCUAUACAGGUGUAUCUAAAAAAAAUUAGAAUAUCAAGGUAAAGUAAUUUUUUCCCCGUAAUUUAAUUCAAAAAGUGAAACUUUCAUAUAUUUUACAUUCAUUCAUUCAAUCCACAUAGACUGAAAUAUUUCAAGCCUUUUUUUGUUUUAAUUUUGAUGAUUAUGGCUUACAGCUCAUGGAAAUCAAAAAUCCAGUAUCUCAAAUUAUUACAAUAAUAUAUAUAUAUACCCCUGCACAUUCGUGCAAUUAUCCAAUCAGACAAUCAAACGGCAGCAACACAGUGUAACAGUUAAUGUUCACAUCAAACAGCAGAAUGGGGAAAUAUGAUCUUAAUGACUUUGACCUUGAGAACAGUCUCUAGAAUUUACACAGAAUGGUGCAAAAAACAACAAAAUUUCCAUUGAGUGGCAGUUCAGCAGGUGGAAACGCCUUGUUAAUGAGUGAGGUCAGAGGAAAAUGAACAGAAUUAAUGCAUGUUAUUCAGCAACUAAAGGUUCGGCAUGUUGUUGUUUUUUGUUUUUGCACCAUUCUGUGUAAA